AUGGAUCAGUGCCAUUUUCCAACCACCUGUACUAAUACUGCACCAUCCUACACAGUUCAAACUUCAACGUUCUACCCACCGAUCCGCACGCGGAAUACAGAAGAUGUGUCGUUGCAACCUUUGUGCAUCGGAAUAUGUUUUUCAGGUGAUCUUCCGAGACACCUUAUUCGCGGUGUCGUUCCAAUCCAAAUAUCAGUUUCAAUCGCAGAGGAGUAUAGACCAUAUAUGACUCCUGUCGUGGAAGCUCUCACUUUGGACGGAUAUCCCUAUUCCGAAUGUUCCUCGACUUUUGACGAUGGACACGAACUAUCUUACAACAAUGUCGAUGUCGAUAUACCCAUACCGUUCCUCCCGUUGCCGUCGAAAUUCAAUCCCGUGGAUUCCUUUCAUUGGUUGCAGCUGUCAGAGAAGAUUCAGCAUUGGCUGGUCACCAUACCGGCAGCGUCGCAGCAUUGGACAUGGGGCCGUGAUGCGUUCUGGCUGGCCUUUGUAGGUGCUUGCCCAGAUUUUCCACGCGGCCAGUGGCCAAUGUGGGACCCAAGGAUUCCCCUCGAGGGACAGUUCAUUGAACAUUGGCUUGACGCUGACAAUUUGGAUCACAUAUGGACCGAGUUCUGUGCUCACGCGAUGCUUUUUCACCCCGACCCUUUGGUAUCAGUUGGUUCAGAAUAA